GGGAUGCAGUUUUCUGCUGAAAAAUAUUGAUCUAUAAUUCUUUUUUUUUUCUAUCUACAAUUCUUGCAGGGCAGUCUGUAUUUAAGCCGGUGCAUGCUUUAACUUGCAGCUUCUCCAGGAACCCUGUGGGUAAAAAGCAUACGACUUGGGGUUCCGAGUCUGACCUUCAUGGCCUAUUUGCUGUGCGGCCACGGGCUAAGAGGCUUUGCUUCUCUGAGCCUCGUUUUCAUUACUUGAAAAAUGGAAAAAAUGACACUUAAGUAAUUCAUUGUUCAGGCAAAUAUUACUUCAUGCGUGUCCGCACCGAAUUCUGUGGGAGAUUUUAAAAAAUGAAAGUAGCACACAGCCCUUGCCUUCCAGGAAGUUAGUUUAGUUGGAGAGAGAAGCCAUAGCAAGAAAGGUUAGUUGAGAAAAGGCAGCAGGGCUCUGUCCGCAGGGUCAGGCCUCCUAGGGAGUGGGGGUGGCUCUCAUCGCUAACUGGAUAACAAGCUGACACCCACAGUUCCGAGCGGAACCAGAAGUCCCACGUGGUGGUUUUGCAAUAGACUAUUUUCAUGUUUACCAAGCAGUUGAGGGAGGGGCUAAUAGUGUCGAUACUUUAGCAACUCAGAGAACUAACAGGUUGCGUUGAGCUUUGACUAAAAUUAAUGUUGGAAGUUCUUCCAUUUUGAGGCAACUUUGAACCAGUGCAAUGGCGACUGCGGUGAGCAGGGCUCCCAAGAAUGCUGACCUGUGGGCCUCGCAUGACAAAAUGCUGGCGCAGCCCCUGAAAGACAGCGACAUCGAGGUUUACAACAUCAUUAAGAAGGAGAGUCACCGGCAGAGGGUUGGACUGGAGCUGAUCGCCUCAGAGAAUUUCGCCAGCCGAGCAGUUUUGGAGGCCCUGGGCUCUUGCUUAAAUAACAAGUACUCCGAGGGGUACCCUGGCCAGAGGUAUUACGGCGGGACUGAGUUUGUUGAUGAGCUGGAGAUCCUCUGUCAGAAGCGAGCGCUGCAGGUCUACGGUCUGGACCCCCAGUGCUGGGGGGUCAACGUCCAGCCCUACUCGGGCUCCCCUGCCAACUUCGCAGUGUACACCGCCCUGGUGGAACCCCACGGGCGCAUCAUGGGCCUGGACCUGCCCGACGGAGGCCACCUGACCCACGGGUUCAUGACGGACAAGAAGAAAAUCUCUGCUACAUCCAUCUUUUUUGAAUCUAUGCCCUAUAAGGUGAACCCCGACACUGGCUACAUCAACUACGACCAGCUGGAGGAAAACGCCCGCCUCUUCCACCCGAAGCUCAUUAUCGCAGGAACCAGCUGCUACUCCCGAAACCUGGACUACGCUCGAUUGCGGAAGAUUGCCGAUGACAACGGGGCGUAUCUCAUGGCUGACAUGGCGCACAUCAGCGGGCUGGUGGCGGCUGGCGUGGUGCCCUCCCCCUUCGAACACUGCCACGUGGUGUCCACCACCACCCACAAGACCCUGCGAGGCUGCCGCGCGGGCAUGAUCUUCUACAGGCGAGGAGUGCGCAGCACGGACCCCAAAACCGGCAAAGAGAUCCUGUACAACCUGGAGUCGCUCAUCAACUCUGCUGUGUUCCCAGGGCUGCAGGGAGGGCCCCACAACCACGCCAUUGCUGGGGUGGCCGUGGCUCUGAAGCAGGCCAUGACUCCAGAGUUCCGGGUGUACCAGCAGCAGGUGGUGGCCAACUGCAGGGCGCUGGCUGAGGCCCUGACGGAGCUGGGCUACAAAAUAGUAACAGGUGGUUCUGACAACCAUUUGAUCCUCGUGGAUCUCCGCUCCAAAGGCACAGAUGGUGGCCGGGCUGAGAAGGUGCUAGAAGCCUGUUCUAUUGCUUGCAACAAGAACACCUGCCCAGGUGACAGAAGCGCCCUGCGGCCCAGUGGGCUGCGACUGGGGACCCCAGCACUGACGUCCCGAGGACUUCUGGAAACAGAGUUCCAGAAAGUAGCCCACUUUAUUCACAAAGCCUCACAGGCGGCACCUCUCAGCCCGACUGUGCAGCCGCCAGCAGCGCCGGGCAGUCGGUGGCCGAGGCUCCCUGUGGUCCCGCCUGGAAGGCACCUGUGGCCUAGUGUCCAGUGUGUUGGCGAUGGCUCCAGCGCAGUCUCUGGCUGAAGACGAAGGGACAUAUCCAAGACCCCUUGUGUAGCCCCAGAAGCCAGGGCUCCCCACCAGCAGCAGCAAAGUGCCCAUUCCCUCUCUCCUGCGUCCUCCUCCCGUGUGUAACAACCUUACUAGGUGAGGCCAUGUUAGGUCAGUGCUCAACAGAGAAAGGCUCAGGAAACCUUGGUGUGCUCCAGCCUUAUCAGCUGAGACCGUUUUUGUUUCUAGCCAGAAGCAGAAACUUGAUGCUUUUUCCUUAUCUCUUUUAAAGAUUCCAGUUUUUUCACUUUAACAGUAUUGGAGAAAAAUCAGAAAGCUGGCUGGUUUGAUUCAGAGCACGAACCAAAACACAUUCUUCUGACAUAGGAGGUAGCAUCUGAUUGCUAGCUUGGGGAAUCAGUGCCUCUGAAGUCCCCCCACCCCCGGCUGGCCACCAGCUGAGUGCUACCACCUGUGCAAAGAUGACGUAGCAGCAGCUGACCUGCCCUGCAGCGUCGGGCCAGGGAGUGGGGCAGGCGGUGGUCAGUGCAAAGGCAAGAUCUUCAAGACCACUCUUGGCCUCCAGACACACAUCUGUACCACAACAGGCCUGGCAUUUGGGGUAGAAAUACUGGCCUUCCUUGGAUUUUGAAAUGGGAUUUGUUGUUUGUUGGGGGUUGAAGUCUACUAUACUUCGAAUACAAUAACCUGAAAUAAAGUUAAAAGCUAAAUGGGAAAUAACAGGUGAGCUACCAUGGCCCGUUUCCAAAUCUGGUGUAAUGUGUAUAACCUCAGCCAUUGCAGUCAAUUAUGGAAAAGUCACAAUUUCUAAACUUCAAAGAUCCCACUACAGGAGCAAGGUCCCUGGGUGCUGUGACGCUUCAGCCGUGCGCUAACGGAGCUCCUGGGGGUCACUACGUGACUGCAGCCCAGGCAGCUCUGUGACCGGGGACUGCGUGGACAAAGGGAAGGGAGGCAGGUAAAGGAAGCAAAGAAAACUCCGUUUCAGUGCCUGGGCCUUUGUGGGACUAAAGAAUUAAUAGGGGCACCGAUGUCCUUGAUUGUCUGGGAAGUGUUUGUAAAUGUUUUAUUAACACUGGGCUAUACUACAGGACAACAUCAAACCACAGUUCUUGAAGAAAUGAUCAGUCCGUUGCAUAGGGCUCCCCACCAUUACCCUUUAUAGCUGCAUCUGCUAGGUCCCACUUCAGUCUCAACUGCCUCUGCCCAAACCCCCCAGCCCAAGUGCCACUUCCAUCCCUUUGAAAAGAAACACACUGGGCAUCAGGCAAUCCUUUGAAACUGUCACCCUGAAAAGUUAGAUUUUAACCCAAAUUUAAAUCCUGGAGUUCACCCUCUCCUCAGUGAGGCCAAUGCACUUCUCCGUGCGGAACCAGCUCCCGUGCGCUGCCCCGUGGGCUCUGGCCCGCGCUGUGGAGCAGCCUCUCCUGUUUACAGCCACUGCCGUGCCUUAGUCCUCAGGCCUUCGGGACUGUCCUUGAGGCCAAGCUUCUGAGCACACACCCUCCAAAGCGGACGUCUAUGGCAGACAUGGCUGUGGGCUCCUAGAAGGCCGUUUCCCCUGCCUAUGUCCGUUUCCAAUGAGAACAGUGUUAACCAGAGUCCGUGUCGAGGGAAACAGGAAUGAGACAUCAGUGUUAGUGCCAGCGGUCACUGUCCAUCUUGUCCCUGGGACCCUAAGGCCUUUCUCCCCUUGGAGGUAAGAUGGCACGAGCUCAUGCUCCUGGAGGCCUAAGUGACAGCAAUUAGCCACCCAGUUAGAAACAAAGCAGCAUCUUGAACACGAAGGAGGGGAGCCGGUCGCAGGCCCGGAGCUCACUGAGAAGCAGGCUUCCUGUGCAGCCUUCCCGCAGGCCAACACCUCACCUGUCAAAGCUGCCGGCAGCUCCUGGAGCGCCGUCUUGUGUGUGAACAUGCAACAGCCGGAGGUACAAGGAAACCAACAAGUGUAAGCAACACCAUUUACCACCAAAGUUCUCAGUCACGGCCUCAGGGGCAAACUCACACAUCCAGAAAGACAGCCACGUGAGAAGGCCUUCCUCUUUUCUGGAGGAAAUCCCUGCCCUGACAGGAAUGGGGACUGACCAGAAACUGCUGGGUGGGAGCCAACGGGCCGUAUCCUGUGCAGAGGACCUGGGCGAGGAAGGGACCAAAGGAGUGAUGGGACGCAAACCCUCCUUAGUCACCAGAGGUGUGCCUCUCCUCUGUGACUUCAAUGGUGUGCCCCACACUGACAGGCAGACCAGGUCUCAGCACGCAGGGCACGGCCCCAGUAGAUACGCACACGCGCCCAGGAGCACCACUUGUCACUGGCUCAGGGUUGUUUUAUCACAACUUUGUGGGAACAAAUUAAAAAGCAGUAAUACCGAGAGUUCUCCCUACUUAAGGGGGAAAA